AUGUUCGUUCUAACCAGGUAUCAGCUUCAUCGUUUUCAUUCCAAUAAAACCCUAAUUUCUGACGCUUUCAGUUCAGCCCUCCUCCAAACUAGCGUUUCUCCCUUAACCACGCCCCACAGUCACUGGAAUUCAUCAUAUUCGUUCAAUUCCUCAGCAGUCCUGUUUCAGUUGCUCGCUAACAAAUUUGUAAAUGCCACCAUCCCCACACGAUCGUGGGUUUCGUUCUAUUCAACAAGAAUAUACAGAGGACCCAUCCCGAGAUCUCUGAGGAAGAGGAUUAAUAAAAGAGCGCGAGCUGCCGCAAAACCUGUUCUGGAUGAAUCGCUUUUUCAGAAACUUAUAUCCCAACUUCCACCAAGAUUCACACCCGAGGAGCUUCACGAUGUGAUAGCGUUGCAAGACGAUCCCUUGGUGUGUUUGGAGCUAUUUAAUUGGGCAUCUCAACAGCACAGGUUUAGGCACAAUGUGCUCACAUAUCACGUCGCGAUCAAGAAACUCGGAGCGGCCAAAAUGUACAAGGAGAUGGAUGAUAUUGUCAAUCAGGUUCUAGCUGUUCCUUCAAUUGCUUCAGAGGCUCUGUAUAAUACUAUGAUAUAUUAUUUCACCCAAGCUAGGAAAUUGAUUAGGGCUGUGAACAUAUAUAGGCAUAUGUGUGGUUUGAGGAAAUUGGACUGCAGGCCGACCAUAAGGACCUAUAAUAUACUAUUUGCGGCGUUUUUGAGCCGGGGAAAGAAUUCCUAUAUCAAUCACGUGUACAUGAAGACUAUACGACUUUUGUUUAGGCAAAUGAUUGAUGAUGGAGUUGAGCCCGAUAUCUUCUGCUUGAAUUGUAUGAUCAAAGGAUAUGUGCUUUCACUUCAUGUGAAUGAUGCGCUCAGCAUUUUCCAUCAGAUUCGGGCAGUUUAUAAUUGCCAGCCCAAUUCAUAUUCGUUCAAUUAUUUGAUACACGGGUUGUGCGCCCAAGGCCGGACAAGAAAUGCUAUGGAGAUUUGUGAUAAAAUGAAGGGGAAUGGGUUUGUGCCAAGUAGUAAAUCAUAUAACUCGCUCGUGAAUGCUUUGGCUCUCAAGGGAGAGGUUGAUGAAGCUGUGAAAUUUUUGGAGGAGAUGGUUAAAAACCAAAGGAUAGCGGAUUUCAUCACUUACCGCACAGUGCUGGAUGAAAUAUCCCGACGGAAAGGGAAUGGAGAAGCUUUUAAGAUUUUGGUGGAUUUGAGAGAAAAGAAUCUUGUGGAUGGAAAUGCAUACGGAGAGCUUCUCUAUGAACUGGAAGAUAAAAGUCCAAAUUCAAACAACAUAAGAAGACUUGGCUAA